GAAGUAGUUCUAUAUAAUAAAGAAGUACAAACUGCAGAAAAUUCUUUUGGACCUCCAGUACCAAAUGAAGAAGAAAUUAGACUAGAAAUAUUAAAAGAAUUGGAAGAGAAAAAGAAGAUCGAAGAAGCAUCAUUAGAAGAUGCAAAAUUAAGACUUGAAGAAGAGAAGGCUAAUUCACAAAAUUUUAAGGAUUUGUCUGAAGUGGAAAGAAAGAAAGUUUAUAAUUCAGCAGAGUUUAUAGAUUUUAUUGAUCACACAACAAAAAUUGUUGAGAGGGCACUUAAUGAAAAUUACGACUUUAUGAAAGACUAUACCAUUAGUGGAAAAGAAGAAAGGCAAGUCACUAAAAAUGCUGAAUUAUGUGUUACUUCAUACAACAAAAAUCCUAUGGCAAUGAAUGAACCUGAUGGUGUUGUUUUAGUUUGGAAUUUACAUUUAAUAGAACGUCCAGAAUUUGUGUUUCAUUCUCAGUCUGACGUCCUCACAACAAUGUUUUCAGAAUUUCAUCCAACUCUUAUAGUUGGAGGCACAUAUUCAGGUCAAAUAGUGCUUUGGGAUAUGAGGGCAAAAUCUUUACCUGUCCAUAAAACACCACUUUCUGCUGCUGGACACACACAUCCGGUUUAUUCUAUGCAAAUGGUUGGAACUCAAAAUGCACAUAAUCUACUUACUGCAAGUACAGAUGGUUUAGAAACUUUGGAAUUAGUUCAUACCGAUCACAGUAAAACUAACGAAGUUUCUAUUACUUCACUUGGUUUUCCAGAUAAUGAAACAGCUGCAUUUUUUGUUGGUACAGAAGAAGGCAAUCUUUACCAAGCAAAUCGAUAUGGACGUGCUGGAGGAAAAGCUGGUAUAAAUCCUUACGAUACUUAUAAAGGUCAUUGGGGACCAAUUACAGGUCUUCACUUUCAUCCUUUAGUUGGACCUGUAGAUUUUUCAGAUAUGUUUUUAACUUCAUCGGUUGAUUGGACUGUGAAAUUAUGGAGAGCUAAAUCAAUUUCAAAACCUUCACAUUCACCACAAACCAUUGCGCCAAUUUAUUCAUUUGAAGGUGCAGAUGAUUAUGUUUAUGAUGUCAAAUGGUCACCUACACAUCCAGCUCUUUUUGGUUCAGUUGAUGGCACAGGGAAAUUUUCUGUUUGGAAUUUAAAUGAUGAAACUGAGGUGCCGAUUGCAAGUACGCAAGUUGGACAGGGACGAGCAUUAAAUAAAUUGUGUUGGGAUAAAGAAGGUAAAAAAGCAGCAAUCGGAUCAUCAGACGGACGUGUGCAUAUUUACGACAUUGGCGAGUUGCACCAUCCUAGAGAUGAUGAAUGGAAUCGUCUACAAAGAACAAUAUCAGAAAUGAUUGAUACUACUGCAGAUAGACAUCAUGGAAAACAUGCAAUAUCUAAAUAA